AUGGAUAUUUAUCGUGCAUUGGAACCAAUUACUGGUGGUGUUCGCAAUCAAGAACCACACUUUUCCGAGGGAAAUCAGACUUACAUUGCUCGGAAACUUCUGGCCUUAACUGAUGAUGAUGAUGGCUCAAUGAAUCGAAUUGGUGCAACGUGCUCGAAAGAGAACAUAUUCGUCUAUCAAGGUCCAACAAGUCCACUUCCCAAUGGUAUCCCUACCUACACAGUUCAAAUCCAGAAUGUGUGCUUCUCAGGAAGUUGCAGCAUCUCCAAUAUUCACAUCAGCUGUGGAUGGUUCAGCUCUGCCAGGUUGAUUAAUCCUAGAAUUUUUCGGAGAAUCUAUUACAACGAUUGCCUUGUCAACAAUGGGGAGUGCCUUAGUCCUGGAGAAAGCUUAUCGUUCCAGUAUGCCAAUAGUUUCCAGUAUCCCAUGUCGGUAUCAUCUGUCAAUUGCAACUGA